UUGAUGUUUAUUGAUUACCAAGAACAAAAACAUUCAAAAUGAUAUACAAAACACCAACUAAAAAUACAGGGUCAAAAUCCAGAGACAGUGCAAUCCCUUCUGAAACCUAUUUGCCUUCUACCGUAGUCCCUUCCUCUGGUCUCGGCGGGUCCCCGUUGCCACUUCCCCUAGCAGAUGCAGGACAACGGCUCUCCCUCCAGUGGAAGCCCUCGCGGCAGCGAGCUCAGGUCUCCCAGGUGAUCAUGGAUUCUAGUCAGCCCAGCGCUCCCGCUCCUCGUCCCGCCUUUCUCCGCCCCGCCCCUCUCAGCCCCGCCCCGCCCCAGGCCCGCAGCGCGCGGCGACGUUCUGUGGACUUCUCUCACCCUGCAGCCGAGUGUGACGAGCCGGGGCCGGGAGGGGUCUAUUGCGCAAACCCAAGGUGCCGGGCGGUGGGUCGGGGAGAGGUUCUGGUUGCGCGCCCGGGACUAUGAGGCGCAGCAUUCGGCGGGCUCCUUCCCGGAAGCGGAAGCUCGGGGGGCGGACCGAGGGCGGCCGGGAGUCGGCGGCGGUUAAUUCCUUUUACCUUGCGGCUUUGCUUCACUCCGUUUGGACUUUUCUGAAGCUGCGAGAGAUGGUCAGGUCUGGAUCUCGACCGGGCCAGGUAAUACCUUCAGGAAAGCACACUGGACCUGCUAAAUUAACAAAUGGAAAGAAAGGGACCAAUUUGAGAAAGAUACCCCAUUUUAAUGCAGAUUCUGGCUAUCCCACUCACUCUGAUUCAGAAAGUCAGACUGAAACUGUACAGGGGCUUGAUGGCUGUGCGUCUUUGCUGCGGGACAUUUUGAGAAAUGAAGAUUCAGGUUCAGAAAUAACAUAUUCAGAAAAUAGAUGUAACCCCAGACCUGUACAAAGCAAAAGAUACAGAUCCAAAAAGAAAGGACAUGAAAAACAUACUGUGCCUUCUGUAGUCCGGAAGGAAAUUUUAUCUUCAGAUAAUAAGAAACAGAUACCUAAUGAUGCUUCUGUUGGAAGUGAAAGAGACUCAUCAGAUAUACUGCAAAAUUGGUCACUACAAGACCAUUGUGGAAUGUAUUCACCCUUAAUAUACCAAGCUCUUUGUGAACAUGUGCAGACUCAAAUGUCACUGAUGAAUAACUUAGCUUCAAAGAACAACCCUAAUGGAAUUCCUUCUGCACCUUGCCACACUGUGUCUUGUUCUGAAUCUCAGACGUCUUCACCUUCUAGUUAUGGUUUACCCACCUCUAUCCCAGUCCGGUUACCUCGGCAGCCACCCUGCCCUCCAGUGGUUCAUUCUGAAGUUCAGACUGAUGGUAACAGUCAGUUUGCAUCACAAGGAAGAACAAUUUCUGUGAACUGUACUGAUGAUGUUGCGAGGAAUUCCUUUAAUACCUGUCUUGGAGUUUCAUGUAACCUGUCCCAAACUGGCAAACCAGCUACUCCAACAUUUCAACAACUGGGUCUUGCUAAUGGGGUUCCGCCGAAAAGACUUUCUGAGGAACCAGACUUACUGAAGUGUUUCCAAACAUACAUGAAACUGUUGAGUUCUCAUCCUGACAGUCCCACUCGCUGCAGCCCCACCCGAUUACAGUCAGCUUUCUUGGCUACUAAUGAAGAAAAAUGUACUAACGAACACAUUGGUGAGGUCAGAAGUGAAGGAAAGGAUUUAAACAUACCUCUGCGAGAUUCAAGAAUAAAGGAUGUGCAGAAGGCAAAAAACGUGAACCAGAGUGCUGAAAAAGUUAGAACUAUCAAGUAUUUGUUGGGAGAGCUCAAGGCCCUGGUAGCAGAACAAGAAGAUUCAGAAAUUCAGAGGUUGAUUACAGAACUGGAGAUGUGUAUAUCUCUGCUUCCAGCCGUAAGUGCAAACACAAAUACUCAGAUUGAAAUAGCACUGGCCAUGCAGCCACUAAGAAGUGAAAAUGCUCAUUUACGCAGGCAAUUGAGGAUUUUGAACCAGCAACUUAGAGAACGAGAAAAAACUCAAAAGGAAUCUGGUUCUCUGGAAUGCAACCUUGAAUUGUUUUCUCUUCAAUCAUUGAACAAGUCACUGCAAAAUCAAUUACAGGAGUCACUAAAGAGCCAGGAAUUACUGCAGAGUAAAAAUGAAGAGCUCUUAAAAGUGAUAGAAAGUCAGAAAGAUGAAAACAAAAAAUUUGCUGGUAUAUUUAAAGAGAAAGAUCAAACUUUACUUGAAAAUAAACAGCAGUUUGACAUUGAGACAACAAGAAUGAAAAUUGAAUUGGAGGAAGCCUUAGUCAAUGUGAAAAGCUCCCGGUUUAAGUUAGAAGCUGCUGAAAAGGAAAAUCAGAUAUUGGGAAUAACAUUACGCCAGCGUGAUGCCGAGGUGACUCGACUGAGAGAAUUAACCAGAACUUUACAGAGCAGUAUGGCAAAGCUUCUCUCAGAUCUUAGUGUGGACACUGCUCGCUGCAAGCCUGGGAAUAAUCUUACCAAAUCACUUCUGAACAUUUAUGAAAAGCAACAUCAGCAUGACCCGAUCCCCACUCACACUUCCAUAAUGAGCUACCUAAGUAAGUUAGAACCAGAUCACACUCUUAUUACACAUUCAGAGCCUCUUUCUACAAUUAACAAUGAGGAAAACAUGGUGCCAGACAGACCUUAUGAAAAUGUUCUGCCCUCCAAAGGCCCUCAGAGGCAUAGUAAUACUAGGAGCAUGGAGGAGGUAUCAGCCCCUGGAAUUGUUCCUGCCCUUUCCAAACGGGAUUCUGAUGAGGAAAGUGAAAUUCCGACCUUAGUAGAAGAGGAGCAUAAUUUGGAUAAAACAAUUUACAUUCCAUUUGCUAGAAGCACUCCUAAAAAGAAAUCACCACUGUCUAAGAGAUUAUCUCCCCAGGCCCAGAUCAGUGUAGCUCCACUGCAACCUGUCAGUGGACUUGUUGCUGAAAAAGAAAAUAAACUGUGUGCACCUGGAGUUUGUUCCUCUUGCAAAAAGGAAGAAGAUGCACCUGAGAAACUUUCCAGAACAGCUGACACGGAGGACAAGCAGCUCCUCAAGAAAAUAAAGGAAGCCAUUUGCAAGAUCCCUCCUGCCAGUGAGGAGGAAUUGGCGGCCUGUCAUGGCCCCUCCAAUUGUCAGAACAGCAACGUUCAAGUGAAAAGCAGUGCAGUCUCUGAUGGUAGCUUUUUAAAUUCUGACUUAACUUCUGACUGGAGCAUCUCUUCUUUUUCCACGUUCACGUCUCGUGAUGAGCAAGACUUCCGAAAUGGCCUUGCAGCACUGGAUGCCAACAUUGCUAGACUCCAGAAGUCCUUAAGGACUGGUCUUCUGGAGAAGUAAGCUCAGAAGAAAGGAAAAGUUUUUAAGAAGAGAAAUUGGGUACAUUGAAUGUAUAUUUUAAAUUUCUCUAGAGAAAAGUUUUAUAUUAUGUGUGAAAUAAAUUGUAUGAAUAAUAAAUUUAUUAUUGGACAAUAUUGACACUAGAGCUUAUAAAAACAAGUCAUCUUAAGAAACUGACAUUUGUUAAGAGAAGAAAGUUGUGUGUUACUAGAAAAAUACUGUAUUAUAAAUAAAAUUUAGUAUUUAUUUAUUAGAGUUUAUUCUUACUCUGCGGGGCUAAGGAUGAGGUUGGAAGGAAUUUCUGGUUGUUCUAAAGGAUAAUGGGAAGGGAGUCUUUGGGUACAAUUUACUAUAUUAAAACUAGAGUUUCUUUUCUCUUUCAGGAUUUCUGUUUGUUUUUUAAUGGCAUUGUGUUUUAAUGUGUGAUGUUCUGUGCUACAGGCUGGUGUUGUUGGUGAGACAUAUAAACAUUUAUUUUAAGAGAAAAAGUGCCAGUAUCUCCAUUGAAAAAAAAAAAACAUUGAUUGGGCUUAAAAAAUACAGAUAACAUCCUAAGUUAGCAUGUGGUUUCUUAACACUUUAGCAGUUUUAUUUAUUUUUAUCACUGAUGCAUUGAAGACCGUUAAAAAAGUCAGACUAAUAAAAAAAAAUGCUAAGAUAA